AUGACGGAAAGUAUCGUUAUUUGUAAGAUGAAAAGCGAAGAUGAAGUCACAAAAGUUCCAACUACGGGCUCAACAUCGUCGCGAUCAAGCACUCCAACAAGUACAUCAAAAAACAAGCGAACACGACUGACUUUUCCCUUCGGUGCUUGCCGUGUGUGUUCAGAUUCAGCAACCGGUAUUCAUUAUGGAAUUGCUACAUGUGAAGGUUGCAAAGGUUUCUUCAAACGGAGUAUUCUUCGUAAAGAAAAAUAUCGCUGUUAUUUUGACAAUUCAUGUGUGAUUAAUGUAGCAAAUCGAAAUCGAUGCAAAGCAUGUCGAUUUCGCCGAUGUCUUAGCGAAGGAAUGUCUGUUGAUGGUGUAAAAAUGGGACGUAUACCAAAAAUAGUCAAAGAAAAGGCUCUACGAGAACAACAAGAACGACAACUACAGCAAGAAACACAACAAAAUGUAGCCAAUCAACGUGCAGAAGAAGUUCAUGUACGAGAGUCAUCAUGUUCAUCAUUAUCUGAUCGUAGUAUUGAAAAUUACGAUCCAAAUAUCAUGGACUCAGAUGUUAUUCAUGUACCUCAUUCGAGCUUGUCACGUCAUUAUGAACCAACAAAGACGUCUGCCAAUGAUCUUCAGUUUUACGAUGAUCAACGAUUGAAACGUCCAAGAAAACUAUCUGAACAUGAUAUCAAUUCAUCGUCUGUCUUUCGCAAUCAACAAAAAUAUCCUAAAUUAGGUUAUCAAACUAAAUAUCCGACAUUUCUCCCGGAUAAUUUCACAUUGGAUGAAACAAUUGGUCUAGCCGAACAUCCGACAGCACCUCUAUCACACGAUUUGUUUCAACAUGUGUUCACAGUUUCAAGCAAACUAACUCAGAACAAGUCCAAUUUAUACAUUAAUUUAAAUGAAGAUGAGUCAACAUUCAUACGAUUUCUUCGUUGGUCAUCACACAAUGUCUAUCUUCGAUAUUCCGGACGAGUUAAGCAACUAGAAACACGCAUGAAUCAUAUGAUUCGUGAACAGAUCAAUGAAUUUCCGGGUGAAUAUGCGACAAACGAAGAAUUUUUUCGAGAUUUGCGAAAGACCCUCGAAGUCAACGUUCGAAUGUCUGUUUAUCACAUUCAAGAAUUACCCGGCAUGAAAAAUUUGGAUUCAAAUACUCUGAAAUGUUUACUUCUACAUCGAUCGUUCGAUUGGUUCAUGCUAAAAUACGGUUGUUUAUUGAACAAAAAUGGUCAAUCCUAUAUUGUGUCACCGAGUGGAUUUCAGUUUACACGACAAUGGAUGAACUCCUUCUACGGAUAUCAAUUGACCGAUGCAAUGUUCGAAUUCAGCCAAUGUUUAUACGAAUUGGAUCUGAACGAAACUGAAAUUGCUCUAGUUAUCCCUCUACAAAUGUUGCAUCCAGAUUCAACUAUUCAAAACGAUGAAAUGCCACGGAUAUUACGUUCUUGUUACUUAUAUGCACUCUACGAAGAGUUAUGUCAUAAUCGCGGUGAAACUGAAGGACGAUUACUCUGUAGUAAAAUCUUGCAGACACUCGAUCUACUCGUACCAAUCAACGAAUUCUAUGAUAAGAAUGUGGGGACUCGUAUUCUACAAGUUUAA